CAUACACAAACACACACACACACACACACACACACACACACACACGCACACGCACACAGAGACAGACGCUGAAGCCCGUUUAUUGAGCCGCUUCGUCCUAUAGCGAGUUAAGAGAGCGAGCGAGAGGAGAGGAGCAAUGGCAACGAAGAAGGCGUGCAUGGAUGUGCCCAAACGGAGCCGGAGUCCGGUGGUCCUGGAGGCGGAGAUGUUUAGUGAAUUUCAAGACUGGUGUCUCAGGACAUAUGGAGACUCGGGGAAAACAAAGACGGUCACCCGGAGAAAAUACAACAAAAUCAUGCAGACAUUGUUACAGAACGACGAGUCGGACGGCGUGUAUGUCGACAACAGCCACAUCAACGCCAAAUUUAAAUUCUGGGUGAAGUCUAAAGGAUUCCAGGUCGGGAACAACGUCCUGGGAGAGCACAACAAGAAGGGGACGUCAGGGAAGCCGGUUCUAUACGUCCCGGUCAAGUCAACGUGUUCGGACGGGGGCUCGGCUCAGGAGAACUCGUCCCUGAAGCGUGUGGCGGUGGUGGAGGACUUCUUCGACAUCAUCUACGCCAUGCAUGUGGAGAUGGGGGCCGACCCUGGCCGGGCGCCCAAGCACGCCGGCCAGAAGAAGACCUACAAAGCGAUAGCGGAGACCUACGCCUUCCUGCCCAGAGAGGCGGUGACGCGCUUUCUAAUGAGCUGUGGAGAGUGUCAGAAGAGGAUGCACAUCAACCCCAGCACAGCAGAGUUCAAAGAAAAUGAUCGACCAACAUCACUAGUCCCGGACCUCAUCGAUUACAACAUGCCCCUUACUGCCACCUACCUGAAACAAAUGAAAUUACAGUGCAUGUCUAACAACGAAAGGGAUGACACCUCUGUGAGCAGCGAGGACAUGGACACAGCAGAGCCGGUGUGGGUCCCAGCGGAGCAGCCCCCAGUGCCUGAUCUCACCUCCCCCAGUGGAGAGAGGGUCCCCAGCCCGUCAGCCAACAUAAAGGAGGAGGAGGAGGAUGACUCGUCAGAGAGCGGCAGCGCCAACGGGCUGCCGGCCCUGGCGUCCCCCGAGGUCCCGGCCGCGGCUGGGAACGCCCCAGAGGGCGGGGCCCCUUACGGGGAGGCGACGGAGAACGGGGUGAGCGCCCCCCUGGACUUCAGCACCACCUCCUCCUCGUCCUCCUCAGAGGACCAGCAGCCCGUCAACCUGAGCGAGAGGCUUCUGCCCCCGGGCAGCCCCCCGCCCUCCUCCUACCCCUCCGACCCCAGCAGGAAGUACCCCGUCAAGGCGGAGUACAACCACAACAACAACAACAAGUCCCCCCCCUACAGCUCAGGGAGCUAUGACUCUGUGAAGACGGAGCUCAGCAUGAGUGCAGAGGACCUGUCCUCCGGCCGCGCCCAGGCCAUGGACGACGAUGACGACGACCACGACGACCACGACGACAGCGACCGGAUCAACGACGCAGAGGGGAUGGACCCUGAGCGCCUGAAGGCCUUCAAUAUGUUUGUGCGGCUGUUUGUGGACGAGAACCUGGACCGCAUGGUGCCAAUCUCCAAGCAGCCCAAGGAGAAGAUCCAGGCCAUCAUCGAGUCCUGCAGCCGCCAGUUCCCAGAGUUCCAAGAGCGCUCGCGCAAGCGCAUCCGCACCUACCUCAAGUCUUGCCGGCGCAUGAAGAAAGGCGGUUUUGAGAUUCGACCGACACCUCCUCACCUCACUUCUGCCAUGGCGGAAAACAUACUCGCAGCCGCCUGCGAGAGCGAAACCCGCAACGCUGCCAAGAGGAUGCGCCUGGAUGUCUACCAACCCACGGAGGAGCCGGCCAGCCUGGAAAAGCCCGCCUCCAGAGAGCCGGCCGCCCCGACCAGCUUCUCCACCGCCGCCUCGGCCUAUGCCCAGGACCUGCUCUACACCAACGGAGGCCUCAACUACAACGUCCGGGGCUUCGCAGCGGCCAGCGCCAACCAGCAGACCAGCCCUGCUGCAAUCACCAACGGCCCCACAGAUCUGAGUAUGAAGUCCGUGACCCCAAACUGCUCCUCCUCGAGCUCCAACAGCCACGGCCAGGGCGGGGGUGGGGGCGGGGCCUCGGCCCAGCUCAGCCCCCCAGAGGUCACGGCGGUGAGGCAGCUCAUCGCCGGCUACAGGGAGUCCGCCGCCUUCCUGCUGCGCUCCGCGGACGAGCUGGAGAACCUCAUCCUGCAGCAGAACUGAGCCUGAGCUAGGCUAGGCUAGGCUAGGCUAGGCUACACCGUGCCAACACCUUCUCUCCGAGGCUGUCUGUCUGCAUCACUCUCAAGUCACAUGGUUGGAGGGCGGGGGGAAGACUAUGAAUUCCUUUACGAAGGCACAAAACGUUCAAGGGUACAAACUACAGCGCACAAUCGGUCCUGUAGGAGCGGUUCCUUUACCUAAUUGAUGUUUUGUAUUUGAAAGAAAUUUAUCCAAGGAUUGAAAUAUAUCUGUUUACGUUAUGCAUUCAGUUAAGUUUGACCUUAGUGCCACAUUAUCUCAAACCCAUCACCUUUUCCAGCUAAUUCACAUCCCAUCUCUAUUCCCCUCCUUCUCAGGUCUUAAUCUUAAGUCAAUUAGUGCCCGUUAACCCAGUAGAGAUGCAGUGAUCUACCUGGAUCACUGGAUCUGGACAAUUAUCUGCUGAUUACAAAGUACCAGAUUCCCUAAAGUGUGUACAAUUUGGGGGGUAAAAUGGCAUCGUAAAACUACUUACAUUUAUUGCUGCUACAAAUGUGGCAAACUGCCGCUGAACUGCAAACCUCAAUGGCCUGGAUGUGUUGACGUGUAAACACACAAAAGAAAACGCAGAAACACAAGGAGAGGUGGAAUUUAGAAAAUAUAUCAGACAUCUUUCACUCGGGACAUAAUCCGCUUCUGUCUCUCAAAUGACAAAUCUCAAACAAAUCAAUUAACUUUCAUGGAAUCUCUUUCUCCUCUUCUAUUUCGGUGUCUUAUGAUUAGUAGUUGUGUAUUUGUUAUCAUGACUAUCUUUUGGUCAUGCAGACACCUGUCAGGGAAAAGGAGAUUGAAAUAUUGAUUAGUCAACGUUCAGAGAAAAGGUGCAAUAUUUGAGAUAAUCAGUAGAAGAAUCACAAGAGGAAGGAAAAAUAGAGUGACUUUAUCAAUCUGCUGUUCUUUAGUCUGAGAGCCUUCGGGGAGAGUUAAUGGGGAGGAAAGCAGGGGGUACAAUGCCACUUUCUUCUCCUGUUUCCACUGUUAAAGAAGUACAACGAUUUAUCCCAUGCAGCAUUGUAGCCGAUUUCAAUGUUGUUUCUUUUUGUUGUGAGCACUGAUCUUUAUCUCCAACCUCAUGUCUGAGACACUUUUAUCGACUGAAACCAAUCGUUCAGGCGUGACUAAGAAAAGGGACCUGGUUAAAAAAAAAUAUUGUGAUUUAUUGUUGAACGUCUUUUUUUUACUCUAGAGAUUUUUUGGGUCAUUUUGUGCAGAGAUUGUUCAGUGAAAAUAGUUUUCUUGUUUUUUUCUAAUGGCGCGUUGAGCUUACAUGUAGCCAUCUAGGGAGGCAGCCGCUAGCAUGAGGUUGUGUAGAACGAACUGCAUUACGCUGCUAGCCCGCCUCUCAUCCAUAUAUA